AAGAAACACCAAAGAGGAGGCUUGAGGUCCGAAGACGCUGGCCUCGCGCGCUGACGUGGCAGCCCCGGCCUCCCGCCGGCACUCUUGGGCGACGGCCCUUUCCCCGAAGAGCCCGGGCCCGCUUGGCCGGCUGGGGUGCCGGCGGCUGCUCUGGGAGGAGGCGGGUCGGCCAGGCCUUUUCUCCAUCCGCGGUGCUCCCGAUUUUAAAAGCCUCCAGAACAAUCUUUGGGUCCUUUCUCCACAAGGAAAAGGAGUAGCAUCUCUGUCGUUCUCGUCACGGUGACUCCGGCCCCAGUGGCCCCCGGGCCCCGAGAGAUGGCUAAUGAAUGAUGCUUGAUGACAGAUAAAUAAUGCCUACUGCUUAAAGAUUGAUGGUAUGAAGCAAGACUUCCACUACUACUUAAUCAAGAGGAAUUGAGAUUGACUUAUCCACUGAAUUCAGACACUGUCUUGAAGAGACUUCAGGAAUAAGACGUGUUAAGGCAGAUUUCACUAUCAAAUUCACAGGAUGCCAACGACUGAUCUUUUCCCUUGUGGGUUGUCUUUUUCAAGACUUUUUCUGUCUUCAUAAGUCAGAAGGGGAAAGGAUUGUGACUGGGUAUCUGACAAAUUAUUUUCAGAUUGGGAAAUUUGUCUUAAUACCAGAUGGUCAGCACCUCAGUGGAAUACUUUGGAUGGGAAAAAAAUCCAAUGUGGUGGAAAUGGUGUGCACGCUCAGAACUCUGCCUGGUCAGGAGGGAGACUCAAGAGGAAGAAUGGCUACAGGAUUGCCAACAACCUGGUCACAAAGUCAGAGAUGGUCCUUGGCUGAACCUGCAUGUACAUAUGAUGUUUUAGGACUCAGUGACCUUCGAGGAAGUGGCGGUGGACUUCUCACAGGAGGAAUGGGCACUGCUGGACUCUGCUCAGAAAAUCCUGUACAGAGACGUAAUGCUGGAGAACUACAGGAACUUGGCCUCAGGUAUCAUCUCUACAAACACAGUCUGAUCACUGAGGUGGAGCAGGAAGAGCUGAGGCCAGAGGGGAGAGGAAUUCUCCAAGAUGCUUAUACAGACUGGGAUACUCAACUUAAAUCAAAAGAUGCAAUUCUUAUGCAGAAUGUUCCUGGGAGAAAAACUUCUGAUGGCACAAAAAUGGCAUCAAUUCACCCUGGUGAGAAACCACUGGAAUUUAAUCAUUGUGGAAAAUUCUUCAGAAAGAACUGUCACCUUAUUUGUAUAAGAUAUUGCAAGGGAGAGGAAAACUACAAAUAUAAAGAAUAUGGGCAAGACUUUGACCAUCCCUCAACUCUUAGGAGCCAUGUGAGUAAUCACACUGAAGAGAAAAUUCUUGAAUUUAAUUAUUGUGGAAAAACUUUCAAUCAAGAGUCAUCCCUUAGGAAACAAUUAAGAACUAUCACGGGAGAGAAAUCUUCUGAGGGUAAUCAACAUCUUAUGUCCUUCAACUUACACUCUUCCUUUUCAUUACAUGAACAAAUACCUACUGGAGAGAAACUCUGUGAAUGCAGUGACUAUGGAAAAAGAUCUUCCCUUAGUGUCCACAAAAAAAUGUGUAUUGUAGAGGAAAGUUCAAAAUGUAACAAACAUCAUGGGAAAGUUUUCACUGGUCCCUUGUCCCUUCAGCUAUGUGUGAGACCUCACACUGGAGAGAAACGUUAUGAAUGUAGUGAUUGUGGGAAAGCCUUUGUUUUUCAGUCAUCCCUUAAGAAACAUGUGAGAUCACACACUGGAGAGAAACCUUACAAGUGUAAUCAUUGUGGAAAAUCCUUCAGCCAGAGCUCUCAUCUUAAUGUGCACAAAAGAACUCACACUGGAGAGAAACCCUACGACUGUAAGGAAUGUGGCAAGGCUUUCACUGUUCCUUCAUCCCUUCAAAAACAUAUGAGAACCCACACUGGAGAGAAACCCUAUGAAUGCAGUGACUGUGGGAAAGCCUUUAUUGAUCAGUCAUCCCUUAAGAAACAUACACGAUCUCACACUGGAGAGAAACCUUAUGAGUGUAAUCAGUGUGGAAAAUCCUUUAGCACAGGCUCUUAUCUUAUUGUGCACAAGAGAACUCACACUGGAGAGAAAACCUAUGAGUGUAAAGAAUGUGGGAAGGCCUUUAGGAAUUCCUCUUGCCUAAGGGUACAUUUGAGAACUCACACAGGAGAGAAGCCCUAUAAAUGUAUUCAGUGUGGAAAAGCAUUCAGCACCAGCACUAACCUUAUAAUGCACAAGCGAAUACAUGCUGGGCAGAAAGUCUAUGAAUAAAAUGACUACAGACUAGCCUUAAGGGGUCCUUCACAUCUCACUCCUCAUUUUAAAAUGCACUCUGGAGAGAAGCCCUAUUGUGACCAAUUUAGAAAGCCUUCAGGCACAACUCUUGAGUUGUGUUAUACUGGGACCAACCUUAUAAAUGUUGUGGUUCCAUGACUGUAAUUAUCAGUGAGUGUUUGAAGUGCAACAACUCAUCAGAUUAUAUAACCCU